CUUGAGAGUUGUCCAACCGGCUGUCUUGACACGCACAAUAGUCGCAGCUUUGACGAUCGCAUCGUAAACAGGUUACUGUCACUGUUUGUUGAACUAUAUUUUAACUCAUAACUUUGCGUUGUGACGAAGGAAGUAAAACUUUAAAUUAAAAAAAUAACACACAACAAGAACAAUUUAUGUAGUUCAGUAGACUCCACCAGUGGUGUGCUACAUCCAGCAGCUAAUAGCGUCAACGCUAUGGUUGACUGCUAGCCUUCAUUGACGAAGUGACAAGUCCACUGAGAGCACCACUACGGAGUGAAAAUUCUCAGCAUGUUUCAGUGAGCGAUGCAAUUGCUGGUAUUAGGGAUGGCCAUCUGGGGGGCGCAAGCUUGUUCCGACUCACAGAGCUGCACGACAACACUGCCACCCAAUGCCACCUCCAAAGAGUACUGCUACUCAGCCAGAAUUCGCAGCACAGUGCUGCAGGGCUUGCCUUUUGGUGGUGUACCAACUGUUCUCGCCCUUGACUUUAUGUGCUUUUUGGGCUUGCUGUUUGUGUUCUCCUUCCUGCGAAAAGUUGCUUGGGAUUAUGGACGCCUCGCUCUGGUCACCGACGCCGACAGGAGAAUGGAUCAGCGUUACAGUCGUCUGGAUGAUCGGGAAUAUGUGGCUGCGGACUUGACAACAGACCCAUCUGAACGCUAUGAGCGCCUCACCUCAGUGUCCAGCUCGGUAGACAUAGAUCAGAGAGACACAGGCUUCUGCUCUUGGCUCACUGCUAUCUUCCGCAUCAAGGACGAUGAGAUUAGGGAGAAGUGUGGCGAGGACGCAGUACAUUAUUUGUCCUUCCAGCGUCACAUUAUCGGCCUGCUGGUAGUGGUGGGUGUGCUCUCUGUUGGCAUCAUCUUGCCUGUAAACUUUUCAGGAAACCUACUUGAAAACAAUGCUUAUAAUUUUGGAAGAACUACGAUAGCAAAUCUAGAUGCAGAUAAUGCGCUCUUGUGGCUGCACACCAUAUUUGCAUUCCUUUACCUGUUACUGACAGUGUGCAGCAUGAGAAGACACACCUCCAAGAUGCACUACGCAGAGGAUGACCUGGUCAAACGAACAUUAUUUGUCAAUGGACUCUCCAAAUAUGCAGAAGAAACUGAAAUAAAGCAACAUUUUGAGCAGGCGUAUGAAAACUGUGCUGUGCUGGAAGCCCGCAUCUGUUACAAUGUGGCAAGGCUGAUGUAUCUUAACUCUGAAAGGAAGAAGGCAGAGCGCAGCAAGAAAUUCUUCCUUGAUCUACAGGCCAAAGAGCACAUAACCACCAUGAUAAACCCAAAGCCAUGUGGACAUCUUUGCUGUUGCAUCAUCAAAGGUUGUGAGCAGGAAGAGGCUGUGAGUUAUUAUACCAAGCUAGAGGCUCAAUUAAAAGAUGGCUACAGGAAGGAGAGAGAGAAGGUCAACAGGAAACCUUUGGGAAUGGCAUUUGUCACCUUUCAAAACGAAUCCAUAACUGCUAUAAUCUUGAAGGACUUCAAUGCUUGCAAAUGUCAAGGCUGCCACUGUCGCCGAGAGCCGCAGAGCUCUGCAUUCAGCGAAAAACUCCAGACACACAACUGGACUGUGAGCUAUGCCCCUGAUCCGCACAAUGUCUACUGGGAGCAUCUGUCGUUGGGAGGAUUCUCGUGGUGGAUGCGCUGCUUGAUCAUAAACUGUGUCCUCUUCCUCCUCCUCUUCUUCCUCACCACUCCAGCCAUCAUUAUCUCCACCAUGGACAAGUUCAAUGUUACCAAACCGGUGGAGUACCUAAACAAUCCAAUUAUCACUCAGUUUUUCCCCACCCUCCUCCUGUGGUCCUUCUCUGCCUUACUUCCUACCAUUGUCUACUACUCGGCCUUCUUUGAAGCCCAUUGGACGCGGUCAGGAGAGAACAGAACUACUAUGCAUAAAUGCUACACUUUCCUAAUCUUCAUGGUACUCCUACUGCCCUCCCUUGGUCUAAGCAGUUUGGAUGUUUUCUUCCGGUGGCUUUUUGACAAAAGAUUCUUGGCAGAUGCUAAAGUGAGAUUUGAGUGUGUCUUCCUUCCUGACAAUGGAGCCUUCUUUGUGAACUAUGUCAUUGCAUCUGCAUUCAUUGGAAAUGCCAUGGACCUGCUCAGGAUCCCUGGUCUACUUAUGUACAUGAUCCGCCUUUGCCUCGCUCGAUCUGCAGCCGAGCGCAGGAACGUCAAGAGGCAUCAAGCUUACGAGUUCCAGUUUGGCGCAGCUUAUGCUUGGAUGAUGUGUGUCUUCACGGUGGUUAUGACCUACAGCAUCACCUGCCCAAUCAUUGUCCCCUUUGGGCUGAUGUACAUGCUUCUCAAACACUUAGCAGACAGGUACAACAUGUACUAUGCUUAUCUGCCUUCCAAACUGGACAAGAAGAUCCAUUCUGGAGCUGUUAACCAAGUGGUGGCUGCUCCAAUUCUUUGUCUAUUUUGGCUUCUUUUCUUCUCCACGAUGCGCUCUGGAUUUUCAGCUGCAAUCUCCAUGUUCACGUUCAUAGUUUUGAUCAUCACAAUCACUGUCUGCCUCUCGCACGUCUGCUUUGGACAUUUUAAAUAUUUGAGUGCGCACAACUACAAGAUUGAUACUCAAGUAUUGGAUGUGACUGAGAAGGGACCUACAGAGUGCACUACUGACUCCAACAAAGCGGCACAGAUGUACAUCGCAGAGGUUUUGCAAGAUCCAAAUUCAGAGGAGGCCGGAUCGGGCAGUGGCGAGGAUGACGGUCAGGGGUCAUCGCAGGACGAGGAAAUAAUCAAUGUGGAAAAUGGCCUGAAUGAGGACUUCCAGUCUGGAGAAGAUAGCCUCAUUGAAAAUGAAGUGCGACACUGAGACAACAGAAAGAUUCAACUUUGAGAAGAAUGCGCUGAAUAAAUGAACUUAACUGGAUGUGGUUCAACAAGGUCACCAAAGCUUCUCAACCUGAUCGAGGGACGUAAAACUAAUGGACACGUGUUGUCUACUAAUGAUUACGCGGAUUCUUACAUACUUACAGCGGGACUACUUGCAAAAGUAAUGCAUGAGCAGUAAAGUCCUUCGGAGCCACCACCACAGCGCACGGACUCAGUGAAAAGACACAAAAGGAGACAUGACAAAUAUGGCCCGAUCUUGCAUUCGAAACAAGAAGACUGAUAACUCCAAUAAGCUCCGCUUUUCACAAAGGCACCGUCGAUGACAUGCCUUCAAGAUUUCCUCAUGAUUGUCUGCUAGUACCCCAAAAUGUCCCCACGCGAUGCUUCAUAUGUAAUGCGGCUAUCAAGAGAGGUGCAGAUGUUUCCACAAUGCUCAUCCAGUCCCAUAGAGGCCUCGAAGAAAAGAGCACUAUUUUCUUUUAGCACAUAACCUCUUUGGGCAUUGAUUAGAAUAUGUACAUUGCCUUCCCACUGUGGAAGAUGAUCGGUAUCUUAGCACACUAUACUGAUAGAAGCGAUGCAGCCCAUUGGGAUUGCUGUUGGACUGCUGCUACUUGACCCUGCUACAAGAGGACUUUGAGUUGAAUAGGAUGGACAGAAAGUCGGUGGGGUCAGUCUGUUAUGAUACUCAAUUGACAUUUGUCUUCUUUCUAUCUUUUUUUUGCCCAUAGGUUUACAUAUUUACGCACAGCUACUGACAUUUGCAUUAAUUUUUGGUGGUAACUGGGUAUGGACUAGUUAGUCUCCGUCUUGUCCUUGUUAACUGUUGUGUAUAUAUAGGCACUUGAUCAUGUAGGUCCUGGUAGGCGUAUUAUAAGAUGUUGGCAGCCAUGUUACAGCCUUCCGAAGCUGAUUUGUAAAUUGUUUUAAUUAAAUUGUGUAAUAUCUAUGAUAAAACAUGAACCAUCACAAAAGAAGUCAACACCCACAACUGUGGGUAAAAUGCAUUCGUCUAAAAUAAUUUAAGCUGAACCAAGUAACAUUUGCUGAUCUGAACUGAAAGUACGGACCCAAUUAAGGCCUUACUCUGCAUCAAACUUGUCAUUUUUAGGCCCCACAGCAUUUAAUCAACAUAUGCUCAAAAUCUGUGGUAGUUAUUUGUUCAAAUGUUGCAUCUUUUUUUUUUUUGUAUGGCCCUUAGGAGGCCCCCAAUGAGAAAAAAGGUUUCCCAUCGCUGUCAUCGGGACUCCAGUAUGAGUCGGCCGUUUUUGUAGCUGUUGAUAAAGUUAACGUUUCAGUCCCGUUUCACAGCAUUCACAAUAACAACUCUAUUAAAGCAGCUGCUCUGAUCCAUUAGGGUCCGAUCACAACACCAACAGUGACCAUGACCUGUAGUCAGAAUGUGUCUAUUAUUUUGGUACUAACAAAACAAUUGUUUGACAUGUUAAAGUGGCGUUCUCUGAUGAUUGUAAGAAGACUGUUUCAUACCUCUACAUUUGUAUACCUCUAAUGUCUUGAAAUCUCUGAAUGGGUUUCAGAGGGAUACUUUGACAACACUAGUUCUUUAACUUUGAAUGUACCUGACAUGCACAACUUUUGAUAAGAUGCGAACAGUGCUCAAUAGCUAAUAGGUGAUCAGCUUUGGUUCACUGGAAAACCAACUAUACGUGUUAUUUUGUAUUAAAACUGAACUGACAGGUGUAGUGUUCACUGCAAGGAGAACACCCAUGUGUGUAUAAACUCAUCCACAUUGUGAAUCAUAUUGUUUUACUUAAUUUCCUAUGCACCUUUGGACUCAUUGGAAAUAAAAUAGUUUUUGUUAACAAAAAAAAAAAACCUCAUUAUUAGUUGUCCGCUUGUUCCAUUCUCAAAUUAUUUGAGUAAAAUGUUUCGCCCUCUCAAAUUGCACUUUUAAUUUUCUCGCUAGUUGGAAUAAAAUAAACAUCUUGUUUACAUUGUUAGGCCAUCCAUUUUCAAUAGCGCUGGACUUCAAAAGGGUCACUGGUGAGCUGGAGCGUAUCCCAUCUGACUUUGGGUGAGAGGGGGCUGCAGCCUGAAUUGGACAUUUACACUUAAGGGUAAUUUAGUCUUCAAUAAAUGUAUGUUUCUGGAAUGUGGAAGGAAACUCAUAAAAGUUUGGGGAGAACAUGCAAACUCAAGUCAACAGGAAGACAAAGAUUUGAUCCCCAAACCUCAGAACUGUGAGGCAGACGUGUUAACGACUAGACCACAACUUUACAACAAAUGUUCUCUAAUCAUUUACACAGCUAUUGCCAGGACUACAAAUAUCAGUAUAAACAUACAGUAUACUUGCAGUUCAGCACCCACGGAUAUUCCUCCCACCCCCGUUUUGUUUUCUUUUUUUUUUGUUGUUGAGGGGAACCAACCCUGAAAUUUGGUUUAUCCCUGUUUAUUUAACAUUUUGGGGUGUAAAAAAAAAAAAAAAAAAAAAGUUUUUUUUUCCAGUGCAAUUCUGAUGAGUGUUAAUUAUUCGCGGAUUUUCGCUAUUUGCGGUCCAGCCGUUCACUAAGAGCCGUGAAUAGUGAGUGGUCUGCGGUGUAUACAUUCUUGCUAUCCAAUGAAAACAUGGCAUGUACUCCAAAAAUUUUCUUUUUAUUAUAAAAAAAAUAAAAAUAUAGUUCAUUAAGUUUUCAAUUACAUCGUGUUCCAAAUUAUUCAUUGCAGGGAUUUUUGCUGAGUAUUAUCAAUCUGUAUCAUAUUUUAUAAUAAAUGAUGAUUUAUUUUAAAUAA